GAGCCAUCGUUCAGGUCCUUACUCUUACUCAAGUUCCCCUCAAACGACGAUUAAUCCAAUUAGCAACUAAGAUAAUGCGAUAUCGCAAUCGACCUGUAUAGAAGGUCCACGUGCUAUCUGAGCAGCAUGCAUUCUCAAGCGAUCGCGAACUUCCUUCCGAGUGCCCGACCUGGUCACCUCAGUACGUUUUGUCCUCUGCCAGGCCAUCGCACGAUUCACCAGUUCGUCGGAGAUGUCUCCCGUCUUGGUGCGGAGAUUCCAAUUCAUGAUUCAAAAUGCUGGAUGUUGAUGCCGGUGAGGUUCGUCACUCAUGAGGUCAACUUUCGAGGUUCAUUGAAACAACGCCGGUCAAUUGCGCCGGAGCCAAUCACACGAGUCUUGACAUCUAAUACGAACACUCUCUGUUACUUUGUGUGUUACGCCGCGGAGACUACUCGGCGCAUUGCUCCGUCCAGCCUUGUUCUUGCUUUGCAUCAAUGCGUUCACCCCACUGAAAACCUUAGAUAUCAACACAGCUCACGAGCUUCAGGUAUAUCAGACCGACACGAUGAGCGCCUUCACACACGGCAAGAGCAUUCGAAAUACUAGAGUACCCGAAAAGGAACCUCGUUUGUAGGCUAGCCACAAAUAUUCCGCGGAGAGGCUCUUUGCUAGGCCUAAUCCCCCAAGACAAUUCAGAGUGGAGCGCUUCCAAAUUGCGAAGUGACCUUCGGCAAUGCGUCACAUGCAACAGUGGGUCUCAGGGAACACAUUGGCAAGGGACGAAAUGCGAGAGGAUCGCUCUUAAGACCCGGCACAGAUGUGCCGUGACACGUCGUGAAAGAUGCCAAUACUGCCG